AGUCGUAAUAGACGAGCAAGUAAAAAGGCACACCCUGAUCAACUCAUUCGCCAGAUCCGAGUCAACUAGAUGGUCAAAUAGUUCCAUCCAUGUAUCACGACAAUCUUCCAGUUGUACCGAAUUUCUUCCUGGCAGCGAAACGUCCUAAUGGGCCAGCAUCAGUAGCCAUAAGACAAGCAAGUUAUGGGGGUGCAUUACGAGCAAGGGGAAUGCACUCGCUUCGGUCAUAUGGACAGCCAAGGCGUGAAAGACAUGGCUCGCAGCAAACGAUUGAUGAAUCUGCACAAAUAGGAAUGCCACCGUCGGAACUAGGGCGUGUUUCAAUUGUAAGCGGCACAAGUAGCAAUCGACAUGAGGAACACCAAGGUGGCUGGAUAUCUAUGGAUAUACAGACCUGGCGACCACAAUCUUGACAUGAACAAUAUCACAGCAUAGUUUAGGAGAAAAGAGGCAUAAGAUACACAAGGCUUCUGGCCGAGAGAAGGCAG